AAUGCGAGAUGGCGUCGGGUCUGUAUGUUUGUUGUCCUGUUUUUUCGAAUUGUUUGUUUGGGUAAAUGAUUGUAAACAAAUCCCAGAAAUUAUUUAAAAGGCCGCGAUUUCGUGUUGAUUUUUUCUAAAUUUUUGUAUUUGUCUUUCAAUAAGAAAUAAAACUGCAAAUUGUUAAUAAUUAUUGAAUCAUUUUGGGAUUGCUAUAAUGGAUUAUCGGCCGACGUCCGGAAUAAUUGACAAUAGAACGAAAUGAAGCCCUAAUUCACGAUGACAGUUUUGAACCGGAAUCGAAUAUGUCGCCGGCCCAGUCCGAAGGGAUUCGCUAUCACAGCUAUAGCCGCUACUGUACUUUUGUGUGUCUAUUAUACCAGUUAUACAUCAGAUGUUCAACGUACAAAUCAUUCAGCUUUGUCUCCAGAGGCGUUGCAUCAACGUCGCAACGUCGCUGAAUCUGACUUUCCCUCAGGUUCGGUGCGGCAAAUUCACGAAAAACAGGAUUUCGGUGUUUGUCCGAAGCUGAUAGCCGCAGACGCUGACAUUUCCACGUUGGACGUUUUCAAGGAAUUCGAAUUUCAGCCGUCAUGGAUGAGAAGCAAAGAGUAUUGGGACAAAACUUUCGAGGAUCGAUACGAAAGGCAAAAAAUGGAUCCAGAAAGACCACACCUAAAAGUUAUUAUUGUUCCCCAUUCCCACAACGAUCCAGGCUGGUUGAAAACCUUCGAAAGCUACUUUCACGUAUCGUCCAGACAAAUAAUGAGCAACAUGGUGGCCAAACUUCAAGAAUACCACAAUCUCACCUUCAUUUGGACCGAAAUUUCGUUUUUGAACAGCUGGUGGGAGGAGGCGCACCCCAGCAAACAAAAAGCCCUCAAAGAUUUAGUGAAUUCUGGCCGAUUGGAAAUUUCCACUGGAGGAUGGGUGAUGACUGAUGAAGCUAACGUACACUUAUUUGCUAUGGUCGAUCAACUUAUUGAAGGUCACCAAUGGCUCUGGACCAACUUAGGCAUAAAACCGAAAACCGGUUGGUCAGUCGACCCUUUCGGCCAUGGCAGUACAGUUCCCUACCUUCUAGGAGCCGCAGGUCUUCGCGGUACCGUCAUCCAACGCAUCCACUACGCUUGGAAGCAAUGGUUGGCCUUGAAACAGUACGGCGAUUUCCGAUGGAUACCCAGCUGGAGCCCAAACGACCCUUACGGCUCUAUACUCACCCACAAUCAACCCUUUGAUAUUUAUUCGAUUAAGCAUAGCUGCGGGCCGCAUCCGUACAUUUGUUUGAAUUUCGAUUUUAGGAAGGUGCAAGGAGAAUAUACUGAGUCUUCAUUGAAAGCCCAAACGAUAACUGAUAAAAAUGUUAAAGAGAAAGCUGAGUUGUUGCUGGAACAAUAUGCUAGGACUGGGUCGUUGUUUCCUCAUAAUGUUGUCCUGAUGCCUUUGGGAGAUGAUUUUAGGUAUAAUUUGCGAGAGGAAUUUGAUCAGCAAUAUACCAAUUACAUGAAGUUGUUGAAUUAUAUUAAUUCUAAUAAGGAUUUGUAUAAAGCUGAGGUUAUUUUUGGUACGCCUAGUAUGUAUUUUGAGGAAAUUUUAAAAAGGUACGACCAAUAUCCUUCAUUGAAGGGUGACUUUUUUGUUUAUGCUGAUAUAUUUUCUGAAGGGCGGCCUGCUUAUUGGUCUGGAUACUUUACAACAAGGCCAUUUUUGAAAAUAUUAGAUCGAGAAUUAGAGCACAGCUUGCGAUCAGCUGAAAUUUUAUAUACAAUUGCACUCAACAAUGUUAAAGAGCAAAAAUUAACAGCCUAUACAAAAAUAUUGGAAAAGAAUUUUGAAAAACUUAUAAGGGCUAGAAGGAAUUUAGGCCUUUUUCAACACCAUGAUGCGAUUACAGGUACAAGUAAAUCCUUUGUGAUGAAGGAUUACGGCAUAAAACUUUUUGAGUCACUCAGGGAUACUGUAAAUGUACAACAACUUUCCUUGCAAGCCUUAUUAUUCCCUAAAGUUCACAUAAGUAAAGGCCAGAAUUUAGUUUUAAGUGACAUUGAGCGUGAAUCUUAUGAAAAACUGCCUAAUAAAAGCAACAUUCAAAUAGGCCCUAAUCAAAAGCGAAAAAUCGUAUUGUUUAAUUCUUUAGCUUACCCACAAGAGCAUGUUGUAACGUUAACAGUAAAUACAACUAAUUUAAUGGUCACUGAUGCUAAAGGUAAUGAAAUUGAGUUUCAAGUUAAUCCAAUUUUGGAAUUCAGUUUGGGCAAAUAUUGGAUUCAGCCAGGGGAAUUCGAGCUAGUGUUUAUUACUAAAUUGGAUGCCUUAAGUGCCAGUAGCUUUUAUCUAGUUCACUCACAAAAUUCCAAAUCAAGUUUGGCAACCUUGUAUUGUAAAAAUUGCAUGAAAAAAAGUGCAAUUUUAUCUGAUGGAAGCAAACUGGAAGCUCCAUUUAUAAUUAAGGAUAUUCCACCAAGCGAUAUUCAAUUGGAGAAUCAUAAAAUGAAAAUUUUGUUCAGUGGCACAACAGGAUUUAUGAAGUCGGUCACAAGAAAACACAAGCCAAAAAUAAUGCAAUGUAAAAUACAAUUUGCGGCUUAUAGAAGUGCUCAAUUUCAUUCUGGAGCUUAUUUGUUCAUGCCCGAUCCGAAUGAGAGGGAUUACGAAAAAGAUGUUUUAGCUCAGUACAAAGAGCAAAUGUCAGUGAUUAUUACCACAGGCCCUGUAACCACGGAACUGUUGACCAUUUAUGGGCAGUUUUUAGCCCACAAGGUAACAAUCUAUUUAGAUGAAAAUAGUGCUCUUGCAAACGCAAUAAGUAUAGAAAAUGUUGUCGACUUUGAAAGCCCUCCUAAAAACCGAGAAACUGAGCUUUUCAUGCGGAUAAUUUCCGAUGUUCAAAACGGAGAACCGCCAGAGUUUUACUCGGACGUUAACGGCUUCAACAUGCAAAAACGCAUCAAAAUCGAAAGAAUCGGCAUCGAAGGCAAUUAUUUUCCUAUAACGACAAUGGCGUAUAUUCAAGACGAAAAUGUGAGGCUCAGUUUGUUAACCAAUCAUGCGCAAGGAGCUUCAGCUUGGCAACCGGGCUUUUUGGAAGUUAUGCUGGACAGGAGGACGCUGUAUGAUGAUUCUAGAGGAAUGGGCGAAGGGCUGGUGGACAAUCGAAGGACUACAAGUAAAUAUUGGUUGUUGAUUGAGGAUAUUUCCAAGACUGGUGAGGAAAAUUUGGUACCGCCGAGGAGAUUUGAUGAGAGUGAGACUUAUGAGAAAGGUGACGUGAUCCGUUCCUUCAACGUUCCCACCGGUCCAGUGGAACCACCGAAACAAGAACCAUUCCCAAGACCCUCCCUUUACGCUACUCACCUAUCAAACUCUCUAAACUAUCCAGCUCAGGCCUUCAUCUUAGACCAAGAGCACCAAUCAACAUCCCCAGAAAAACUGAUGUUCCUUAACAAACCUUUACCCUGCGAUGUACAUUUAUUGAACCUCAGAACCCAAUCGGAUUAUGAAUAUUCUCAAUUCCCUUCGAAUAGUGCCCUGAUGGUUAUGCACAGGCAAGGAUACGAUUGUUCUGUAAGUUCCAACUACUCGUGCGAGGUGGUUAAAUUCGAUUCUGAUAAUAAUUAUUUCAAUUUGGUAAAGGUGCAAGAAAUUGAAUUGAAAUCUUUAACUGGUUUGGACAGUAUUAAAAAAUUUACUAGUUUAGGUGAAGUGUAUAUAGAACCUAUGUCGUUGAAGACUUUGAACAUUACAUUUGGCUAAUAUGUGGAUAAUAAUUAUUGUAUAUAAAUAUUAGUUGUAAGUAGGUCAAUAUUGUUGUGAUAUUUUUGAUUAAUUAACUUUGAGCUUUUAUUCGAAUAGCAGUGAGGACAUGACAAAACUAGAAAAUUAGUUAAUACUAAAUGGAUAAGAACAAAUUUUCAGCCAUUCAGUACAAUUGCACUAUAGUAAUAUAUGUAUUUACUUUUCAAAGGGCCAGCAAUUUUUUAGUAUAGUCUAUCAAUAGUCAAAUGAGACAGUGAAAAAAAUAAUAUUCCUUUGGCCGUCCGCGUUUUCUUGAUGAAGCACCGGCGGAGUAAGGGAAAUUUAUUAAAACAGUUUUAUAUAAAAUAAAACAUGAGGCACGAUACAACUCAAAUAGGAAUCAAAUGUAUAAAAACUAUCUACUGCACUGUCUUUCCAGACGAAACUGAUUCGCAAACGGCGGCCGCUACAAAGAAAUAUGCCGCCAAAGAAGCCGCCUUUUCAAAGAAAUACGCCGCUAAAAAUUCUAACCAAUAAGAUAUUCCUGGAGUCAACGUUGACUGUAUAAAACAACCAAUAAGAUGCGUUGUUCGCAAGUGGAUUCGCAUCCAAUGUAUACGGGCACGCUCAAUAUAUUUUUCCUAACAAUAGUAUAAUAAUUUUAACGGGCAAUAGGAUAAUUUGAGGAGACCCCAAUUUUUGCCUUGUCUCAUUUGAGAAACGAUAGACUAUACAAGUUAAACUAUAAUUUACUAACAAUUUUCCAAAGGAAUUGCAACAGUUUCCUAAAUAAAUAAAUAAAAUUUAUAUAAAUGUAUGUCUAGAUUAUUCUGAAUCUGACACACAAUAAUAUAAUCACAUUCCCAUUUAAUUUUUAUAUAAACGCUUUAUACCAUAUAUUAUACUCCUUUUGAAUCUCCUUUAUUUAUUUUUUUAUUUAUGUGAAGCCUCUUUGUAGAUAUUUUUUUCUAUCUAUAUUCGGUGGAUAGUUUUUUUUUUUUUGUAUUCCUAUUAAUUAUAAAAAUUCGACUGAAUGAUUUUAUUUGUUGUGUGUAUUUUUGUUAUUUUGUGUUUUAUGGAAAUUUUAAUUUGUACCUCAGCCUUGAAACUAAUCAUGACAUAAUUGCAAUGCCAGGUGAUGUUUGUAAUGUUAUUUUUAUUAAUAAACUUUUUUUGGGAUAUUAUAUU